UUUAAUACAACUUCUGUCAUGGGCUUGCAUUGUGUUCACAGUCGGGAUGUUCUCGACUGGAUUAACCGACCUAAAAAAAAUGCGAGAAUCAAAAAGUACAGAAAACAUCCAGUUUCUCCCCUUCCUCACCACAUGUCUAAAUAACCUAGGUUGGUUGUUUUAUGGGAUUCUGAAGUGGGAUCAGACAAUCAUGUUGGUCAACAUUAUUGGAGCUCUGCUCCAAAUCCUCUACAUCGUCAUGUACUUCCUGUACACGAAGCACAAGAGGCUCGUGGUGAUCCAGGUUCUUGCUGCAGGAGUGGUGUUGCUGUGUGGAUGGUUAUACUUCAAUAAUUUUCUCACCGACAGAGAGACUCUGCUCAGCCAGCUCGGACUCACUUGCAGCGUGGUCACCAUCAGCAUGUACCUGUCGCCACUCUUCGACCUGGACUACAUUUCCCAGAAGCCAACCGUGCCCUGCCCAGAAUCCCCACUGCCUUCUGCUGAAAUACAUAGAAUGACUUCGGCGCCCAAAGGAUUCAGAGAGCCACACGGAACCCACCGGGAACAGGACCAGAACUGGAGCAGAACUGAGCAGAACGGGACCUCCAGAACCAUCGGCAAAUCUGAGAGCUGGUAG